AUGGAGAAUCAAAACAAGGAUAACAAAGUCAACACCGACAAAUCCCGAAACAACAAUCUCCCAAAAGUAUUCCUUCACGGUCCUCUUCACGGUCCUCCCAACUUCUCCGUCACUAUCCUCCGUCCCAAUCCUUCUCACAAUUUCCAUAUCUUAAACCCUUCUUCAAUUCUCCCUCUCCAACAAUUCAUAGCCACAAAUCCUCACCAUGCCUCCUCCAUCGCCGCAAUCGUCACUAUCAAUCUCCACCCCGUAAAUGCCGAUGACAUCCGACUUCUUCCCUCUCUCCGUUUCAUCUGCACUCCCAGCGCCGGAACUAAUCAUAUUGACCUCUCCGAGUGCCGCCGGCGGGGAAUCCAAGUCGCCAACGCCGGGAAUAUUUUCUCGGCGGAUGUUGCUGAUAUGGCCGUGGCUUUGUUGAUUGACGUUAGCAGGAAAAUUUCUGCGGCUGAUCGCUGGUUGAGAAGACAACUUCACGCUACCUCUUGGGAUUUUCCACUUGGUUCUAAGUUGACAGGAAAAAAGAUUGGAAUUGUUGGUAUGGGAAGGAUUGGCUCAGAAGUUGCAAAGAGGCUUGAAGGAUUCAAUUGCAUGAUAUCAUACAAUUCUAAGAACAAAAAACCAUUAGUUUCAUACCCUUUCUAUUCAACUGUCUUAGAACUUGCUACCAACACCAAUGCACUUAUUCUUUGUUGUGAGCUAAACGACCAAACAAGAUACAUUGUGAACAAAGAAGUCAUGUUGGCAUUGGGAAAAGGUGGGAUUAUAGUGAAUGUUGGAAGAGGUGGUCUCAUUGAUGAAAAGGAAUUGUUAAGGUGUUUGACUGAAGGUGAGAUUGGAGGGGCUGGUUUGGAUGUGUUUGAGAAUGAGCCUCAUGUUCCUAAAGAGUUCUUUUCAUUGGAUAAUGUUGUUCUGUCGCCACAUGCAGCUGUCGUAACUUCAGGGUCUUUCAAUGGUAUUUGCCAACUUGUGGAACGAAAUUUGGAAGCUUUCUUUUCAAAUAAGCCUUUGAUUACUCCAGUUAUAUAG